ACUUUUUUACCCAUAAUGCAAAGCGAAGCAGCCACGUAAACGUCACCGCCUGCUAGCUGCGUGUGAUUCCUGUAUGCGUAACAUGCCCAGUGCAGCCUAUUACACGUAACUACAUGAUGAUAAACGUCUUCAACAGGAAAUCAGUGGGACAGCCUCAUCUGUAAAAUGUCUAUGGUGUUGUUUGCCUCUGUGGUUCGCGUGGAGGACGGCCUGCCCCUCUCAGCCUCCACCGACUACGAACAGGAGAAAGACCUCCAGGAGACGAAGAGGCACCUUAAGGGUCUCUCCAAGAAGCUCAACCAGUUCCCUGACCGCUGCACACUCAAGUCCGGACCGUACAAUGUGAACUUCAUAUACUCGCUGGGUGUUGGAUACCUGAUGGUCUGCUCUGGAAAUUACCCUAAUGUGUUGGCCUUCUGCUUCCUGGACGAGCUGCAGAAAGAGUUCAUCAUCACUUAUGACUCCAAACGUAUCAGCAGCGCCGUGCGGCCGUACUCCUUCAUCGAAUUCGACACCUUCAUCCAGAAGACCAAGCAGCGCUAUAACAGCCCUCGCUCCCUAUCCACCAAGAUCAACCUGGCUGACAUGCAGACAGAGAUCAAGCUGCGCCCGCCCUAUCAGCUCUCCCCAGAGGACCUGCAGGCUAUCAAUGGAUUCUCGGUGCGAGCCGCUUCUAAAUACAAGGGCAUAGCCCCCACACAGAUGUUGGAGCCGGCGACGCUUCCAGGCAUUGUGUCCUGUGUGCUCAGCAUCCUCUGUGGAGGCCUGAACCUGCUGAGAGGCGUCCACGCCAUAGAGAGCAUACUACAGAAUGACGAUGAGGACUUUAAUUAUGUGAUUGCCUUCUUCCUCGGCACGGCGGCCUGUCUGUAUCAGUGCUACCUGUUUGCCUACUUCUCCAUCUGGAGGAACAGCAAGUCCUUCUUGGCGUUUGCGCUCAUCUGUCUGUCCAACAUGUACCUGUAUGAACUGAGGAACGUUUGGCAGAUCCUCUUCCAUGUAGCCGUGGGGGCCUUCAUGACCCUGCAAAUCAGACUGAGGCAGCCGCUGGGCAAAGCGCCAGACUACAAUGUCUGACGAAGAGCAAAAAAAAAAAAAAGACUAACACGCUGUAAGUCAGGUGCCCCAGCGGUGGUCUGUCGGACACACUGGAAGCAAAAACAAGCCUUUCCAAUUCACAAGGAGGAAGAGGAGGGGCGAGCGUUUCACCAGAGCAUAAAUGGAUCCGUCUCCGUUCAGAUUCGGAAAGGAAAGUCUGCUGCGCUCCGACUGCUUCACGGAUUUUAUUGGAUUGCUUUUGGAAGCUGCCUCCUCUCUUUUAUUGCGUGAUGAUGAUUUAUGGACUUCUUUUGCACGGCUCUGAUUUAGGUCACAGGCAGGUUUGCAGGAUGUCCACGGCUGCAAACCCCCUGCGCUUGAAAAGGUUUUCUUUUACUGCGUCCAGCGGAAAAAGAAAAUCCUAAUAAAUUUAUGUAUGAUUUCAUCAUUGCAAUUAAAAUGAAGUACCUCUCAGAAGGCAUUGAAACUGAACUCAUAACAUUUUCCCUGUAUCUUCUUGUUAAAGUAGCUCAUUUGUCAGCCGUGAGGUUUGUUAAAUGAAUCCUGAAAUGAAUCCUAAAACUACAUUUACCCACCAGCAGAUAUUUAAUUGUCUUUAUAACUGGAGUAUCUCACUUUGUCUCCUUGGUUCAGGGCCUCUCGUUGAAUUAAAUUGGUCCGAUCCUUGAAAACGUCGAAAAUAUGUCAGAUACCGACAAUCUGUUUGAUUGAAAUUAGACUGGAUUAAAUUUUAUUUUAUAUAAAAACCUGGCUUUUGGCGUAUCGGAGCUUUUCUCUCCCCUGCUCUAAGCUCUCUCAAAGCAGCAGCACCGGUUGCUGACUCGGCUUUAUUCCUGACUUUGUGUGGGGCAGAAAUUUUGACUCAUUUUCUCAGCAGCUUUGUGUGCUUUCAAGGCAUGCAGUUGGAUCACAGAACCAAAUGGACAACAUGUAUCGGGACGUUCCUUUAAGUUUAUCUGAGGUUUGCUGUGAUCCUCGCCCAGGUGGUUAAGAUGCAUCGAGACUUUGAAAACACAAACGCAGCCUCAGCACACCCUCAAAUCCUGCUGGCUAAUGUAUGUAUUGUGUUAGCUGGUCAUGCUACAUGACUGCAGAUCGAAAGGAUCACCUGAACUUGGCUUGAAUAUUUUAAAAUUCUGUUAAAUUUGACAGAAAAUCUGAAAAAAGGUGCAAUAAGGCAAAAAACAUGUACAAUUUGCAAAGUUUUAAAACGAUUUCAGUCAGGGCAUUUUCUGUUUAAUGUUUUACGUUCUGUUUACGUCAGCAUUUUUUGCCACUUUGUUGACCCACAUCUCGUUUAAAAUGUUUCUCUUUUGAAAAAUAUCUACAUGGGAUUGUAUUACAAAAUGCUUUAUUACUAAUGUCUGCAAUGUCAACAGGACCUGCAUCAAAGCUCAAAAGAAGCUCUGCAGUCCGGCCAAAGACUGAAGCUCAUCUUUCUUUUCUUUGGUGUCAUUUCCUCCUUUUUCUUUCCAGUCGUUUCAACUUUGGCUCACAUUUAAAGCUAUUUGGAAGUGAAGUCAGGAGAAAUGAGAUGGAUAUUAACUAAGCAUAAAAACUUGAGCUUUUGAGGGCAGACGCCAGAGUGGGAUUGUGCAAAGUAUAUCAUUGUAAUGACGUCUAGAUACCAGUGCACAUGCAUAGUUUUUAAACUUUAAGAAAAACUUGAAUGCUGGACAUAUUUUGCAAAAAGUCCACGUUGGUGUCAACAUUGACAAUUAGGUGGAGAGUGUGUUAGAAUUUGCGUUGCCAGUUUGUAUUUGUUUCAUUUGUAAGAAUAUGUGGCAAGAAAGUGAAGAAGCAAUCAGAAAACAAAUCUUUAGACUACAAGAGAUUAAAUUGGGCUAAAACAAAGAAAAGCUCCAGCAGGUUGUUUUUUACUUUGAUAGCAAGAGGUAACAACCUGAAAACACUCAGAGAAACUCUAAUCUGAAUUUGUUUUUCUUUUUUUUUUUUACCUUUCAUUUAUAUUCUGCCUACUUACACCUUUGCUUUCUUUCAGUAUUGGUAUUUCUUCAGUAGAAAUGUCCAUUUUUUUGGUCUUGAGGUGAAACUAUGCAACGCUGCCUUCCUGUUUGAGUCACUCAAACUUUAGUUUAUUCACUAAUCAGGGGUGAGACAGUGAUAUCUUUUUUGUUGUUGUCUUUUGCAAGAGCUCGUUAUUUAUUCAAUGACUGAUUUUGAUACAAGAUGUAAUUGUUCAUGAAAUCCGUGUCUUGUUUUUUAAUUGUCGCAUUUUCAUUCAGACGUGUAUAAAUGUGCACUUGUGAUAGCAUAAAGCUCCUGUCGGCUCAGACGGUUAGCAGCCGCAUCCUUCCUCGCCUACAUAGCCUCGAGCGUAUGCCAGUGUCACAAUGACUGUGUGAAUAAACACAUCCGUGUCGCCAACAGCCAA